AUGAAGGUGCUUCUCUUCUUCCUUCUCCUCCUCCUCAAUGCCUGUCAGUCUUUUGGGCAGCAAGGUUCAGGCCUCUCUGGGAAGCAAGUCGUUUUCAUGCAAGCAUCGAAUACUACCCAUGUGGUUUUGAAGGCCUCCCCGAAGCAGCCGUUGACCGGCUUCACCGUGUGCCUGAAACAUUACACGGACCUCACCCGUGCUUACAGCCUUUUCUCUUAUGCCACCCCGAAGAGCGACAACGAUAUCAUCAUCUACAAAUCCAAACCCAACCAAUACAGCUUCUAUGUGGGAGGUGAAGCAGUAACCUUCUUGACCCCAGAAAAACAGUCGCUUGAAAGAGAGGCUUUGUGCGCGUCUUGGGAUUCUACCACAGGGCUGGCGAGGUUGUGGGUGAACGGAAAACGUCUACCGCCAAAGAGCCUGAAGAAAGGAUACUCUAUCAGCGCAGACUCAUCCAUUGUGCUUGGUCAAGAUCAAGACAACAUGGGGGGCGGCUUUGACAUCAACGACAGCUAUGUCGGAGAGCUCCUGGAUGUGAGGAUGUGGGAGAGGGUGCUGUCCCAUGAGGAAAUGGAGUUCGUUUUGCUUGACGACAAUCUUUCUGGCAACGCCAUGAUUGAUUGGGAAACAGUCCAUUAUGAAGCAAAGGGUGGUGUUAUUGUUGAGCUCGCAUGGUGACCUUAAACACAAGAGCAUGUUCUGGAAAGUGGGUGUGCGAUUAUUCUUUAAAAUGUCUUAGUUGCUCAUGUUUGCACACAACUCGUUUAUGUGCAGUGAGUUUGUACGUAUCUUCAAUCCAAUCGUUGAAGGGAGUUGCAUUUUUAUUCUUCCAGUUCAUCAAUAACCUUUUUGCCAUAGUAAGGGCACGGAGAUUCCACUCAUAUUGUCCCUUUGUUAGGUUCCAUGUAUAAUCCAAAAGCAUAUUUCCCUCUGCAAAUUUAAGAUCAUUCAGUCAUGUUGAUCAACAGUCAGGUUGAUCGUCCCUAUUACCU